AUGGAGCCACCUCCUUCCUCUCAGGCUCCUCGCCGGCGCCGACGCCGGCCACAGGCCGUUUCAUCUCCUCCUCUCCAUCUCCCGCUUGUGACAUCUCCACUGGAGCAACCCGCCGCCGCUGCGACGGUAUGGCUGGACACGCCGCCGCCGGUGGCAAGGCCGGCUGCGGGUCUCCGACCACUGCUCUUCUCCUCCUCACCUCUUCUUGUGGUCGGCAUAGCCUCUGUUCUCCUCGAGAUGUUGCCGUCGGAGCCGCCUCAGUUCGCUAGAGCCGCCGCAGGCCGCCCCUCUCGCUACUUUCUCUCUUUUCCUCGCCAUACCACGCGCCAACUUCCAGCGCCGGCCAGCAUCUCACCCAGCAGCCGCCGACGCUUCCCAUCACUGCUGUCUCCCCCGGCAGUUGUCACCGUCGCCACUGUCUUCGGCGUUCGGCACCACUGCCUUCGGUAUCCAGCUUCGCCACUUCCGGCGUAUAUCGUCGUCACGGCUUCCAGCGACAACAGAUGUCGCUGCCGACAUCUCCAGCAGCCGCCAUCACUGCUCCCAGCUGGCGUCGCCCUCCGGCGACCACCAUCGUCAUCCUCCGUCGCUCACUGCAGUCCACAACGACUGCCGCUGCCCUCUCCCGCAGCCAUAGCCACUGCUGCCGGCGAAGGGCUCUAG